AUGGCAACCAAGUGGGGCAUAUGCAGUGCGGGGAAGAUCAGCCACGACUUCGCUGUUGCUCUGAAAACUCUUGCUCCUGAAGACCAUCAGGUUUAAAAACGACGAGAUAUAUAAACAUGAUUUCAGACUUAUCUAAAAGUGUAGAUGUCUCGACAGUACACGGAAAAAAAAAGAAAAAACUUCACAGCCGAAAUAGACUUUGCUGAUCGCGACAAUUCGGAAUUGCUUUCAGAUCAGGUCCUGACUUUAACUUUUGGAUUUACUGCGGAAUAAAUCGGUGUAGGCUAAAGGCCUACUGAGUUUAACACCACUGAAGCAGGUCACUAGUUACAUGCUUAACCAGUUGAAAUGUCAAAGUUUAACUAUGUCUGACAAGCAAACCAAAUUAGAUACAUCAGUGCUAGCCGUAAAAUACUUAGUAUGUGGGCAUGUUACAAAGUUCCUGCUCUGUAAUCCUGCACCGAGGUAUGCUUUCACUGCGUAAAUGAUUAAAUGUAAAAAAAAAAAAAAAACAUUUUUUUUUUCUGAUGCAAAGAUAAACAAAAAAAAAAAAAAAAACAUUUUUUUUUUUUGUUGUUGUUUAUCUUUGCAUCAGAUAUGUUAAUAGCACAGUAACCCACUCAUGACAAAUGUCAGGUGAAGUAACUCACCUUUUUUACCGGAGUGAUACAUCAUCAGACAUUAAUAACAUAAAGCUAAAAUUAACUACUAUUAGGCCUGCUAACUGUAAUCACAUUUAUUUAAUUUAACAUGGGCUAUGAUAUCCUAAUCCUGUGAACUGAAUCCAUUUUGUUUUAUCAUUACUUGCUCUACAAUCACAACUCUGCAUGAGCUGUUGUUGUUGUUGUUGUUGUUUUAAUGUUGCUGCUGUCCCCUGUCUCUCUCUCUUGUCUCUCCCUACCCCUCCCUUACUCUUUCUCUCUCCUUUUCUUUCUCUUCCCAUGCCCUCUCUCCUACUCCUCUCUCUCUCUCUACCUCCCUAUCUCUCUGUAUUUUUCCCCAACCCAGCAGUGGCUUGGUGGCUGUCUAACAUGAGUCUGGUCUGUCCCAAGGUUUCUGCCUGUUAAAAGGAAGUUUUUCCUUGCCACUGUUACUCAUGUAAGAUGAGAUGGGUCAAAUCUGUCCCAUCUUAAGGUUGGGUCUUCAUAAUUCAUCAAACACCUAGCGUGGUCUAGUCUUGCUCUUUUUCUUUGAAAAGUGUCUUGGAAUGAUGACUGUUGUGAUUUGGCACUAUAAGAAUAAAAUUUGAUUGAUUGAUUGAUUGAUAAUCAGAGGUAUAGCCACUAUAUACACUAAAAGGUUAUUUGAGUCUCUGAACUGAACUAAAUAUGUUGAAAUUAAUGCAGAAACUAAGUCAGGGUUACAGACUGCAAAUGGAGCAUCAUGUUUCCACAGAUGUUGUUUAGAAACUGUUUUUUCACAGGUGGUGGCUGUGGCAGCUCGCAAGUUAGAGGAUGCACAGGAGUUUGCCAAAAAACACAACAUCUCCCAGGCUUAUGGCAGCUAUGAGGAGCUGGCAAGAGACCCAGACAUAGGCAAGUUUUUUUCAGACCUGAUGACUCAGCUGACUUCUCUCUAUGUUGAUUUGAUCAUUUGUUGAAAAGUUGAGUCAGAGAUGAAUUCAACAGUACAAAAAUAACAGCUAGAUCUUUAAUUUCCUCUACAGCUCAGUUCAGUCCACAACUGUUUUACAUUAUUGAGGAUAUUUCACUGCUACAAUAACUAUUACUGACACAGACAUCUCUGUUUGGUUUUGGUGUUUUGUGAGUGAAGAUGUGAUUUACAUUGGGGUUAUCCAUCCCUACCAUCUGAAAACAAGUCUGCUGUUUACAAAUGCCAAGAAGAACGUUCUGUGCGAGAAGCCGCUGGCCAUGAACUCCAAGGAGGUCCAGGAGAUCCUGGCCUGUGCAAAGAAAAAUGAUGUCUUCUUCAUGGAGGUAUGGCUUGAGAAAAACUUUGAUUUCCUUCACAGUUUCACUUUCCAUGGCACACUCUGUUCAAAAUACCUCUAUUUUUUAAUCCCAGGCUGUCUGGACCCGAUUUUUCCCUGCCUCAGUGGAGAUCAGGCGGCUGCUAGCCCAGGGAGAGGUGGGUGAGGUGAAGCUGGUGAAAGCUGACUUUUGCGUGCCAGUGUUGCACGUACCAAGAUCAACCCAGAAGGAACUGGGCGCAGGUGCUAUUCUGGAUUUAGGCAUCUACUGCGUACAGUUCAUCUGCAUGGUAUUCAAUGGAGAGAAGCCGGAGUGCAUCCAGGCCAUGGGGGUAUGCUUGGACACAGGUAAUAAAAAAGUGACCACUGAGGUGACACAGAUAUGAUUUCUGAAGCUCAUCAUUACCUUGAAAAUGAUGCUUUGCACAAAAUGUAUAAUACACGUUUACUAGAAUAGUUUUGAAUGCAUCACCAGAGAGGUCACAUGAUUUGUUUUCUUACCUACAGACCUCACUGUGAUUUACAUUUCAUCGUGCAGUUACAAAACUAAAAUCCGGUUUCCUGGGUUGAACAGUCUUGAUUCUUGUCUUUCAUGCCUCUUUUCAAAUACUAUGUUGAGUGAGUUCCUCUCACUGUGUUUUAUGAUGGAGAGGUGUAGUGUUUAUAAGAAUAAAGGGCAACUGGAGGUGUUGGUACCAUCAAACCUUCACCUUAAUUGUGGCAGUAAACACAUAAUAGUAAUAAUAAUAAUAAUAAUAAUAUGUUUAUAGCACUUUUAAAAACAGAAGUUUACAAAGUGCUUUGACAAACACUUGAAAAGCAUAGAACACCAGCACAUGGAAAUAAAAACAAAUAAAACAAGGCCUCUGAAUUGAAGGCCAACUUCAUUUUUCAUAAGAAACCCAGACAAUACAAGAACCCUACAACAUAAAAUGAGACCAUGAGGACCAUAAAAUAAGUAAGAAGAAGAAAAGUAUUAGAAAAGGGGGGCAGAGAGCAGGAAACAGAAUAGUAAAUGUAAAUAUAAAAGAGGAUAUUAAUAAUGAUAAUAAAAUCAUAAUAAAAUAAUAAUGUUGGUAAUAUUAAUGAUAAAAUGGAAUAACAAAAAUGAGCAGGAAAAAACAAUAAAAUCAGUGAAGGGCCUAAAAGGUAAAAUAAGAAAAGAUUAUAAGUAAAACAAAGGCUAAAAGGAUAGUUAGUUGAAAUAAAAUAGAGGUAAAAGAGAUAAAGGGAAAAAGGGAAAAAAUAAGAAAAGACGGCAUCACAUAAAAGAGAGUCUGUAAAAGUGAGUUUAAAUUUGACUUAAAAGAAGCGACUGUCUCUGCACACCUUAUCUCCUCUGGCAGGUCGUUCCAAAGUCGAGGAGCUCUGAUGGAGACAGCUCUAUCACCUUUAGUUUUGAGCCUCGACUUUGGAACGACCAGGAGGCCUUCGCCAGAGGAUCUGAGGCUGCGAGUUGGCUCUUAAAGUAUUAAAAGCUCUGAAAUGUAGCUCGGAGCAAGUCCUUUGAGCGCUUUAAAAGUAAUCAAUAAAAUCUUUAAAUCAAUUCUAAAACUGACAGGAAGCCAGUGAAGGGAGGUUAAAAUUGGAGUGAUGUGAUGCCGUCUACUAAAACCGGUUAAAAGCCGAGCUGCUGCAUUCUGAACUAGUUGGAGGCGGGAGAGUGAUUUCUUGUUUUAACCAGGGAGGAGAGAGUGACAGUAGUCCAGCCUUGAGAAAAUGAAAGCGUGGAUUAUUUUUACAAGAUCUGGUGGGGUGAGUAUCUGUUUAAUCUUUGCGAGAGAACGCAGGUGAAGGAAACAGGACUGGACAGUCUUGUUGAUGUGGGUGGAGAAGGUGAGGUCAGAAUCGAAGGUUACUCCCAGAUUCCUGGCUGUUGGUUUGAUGAUUGCUGAAUGUGGACUGAGACAAGACUGAAUGACAUGAUGACAUGAAAGAUGUGAGAAGUGAUGCCUAUGGGACUGGAAGCUUCCUCGGUUAGAAAUUUCUCAGUUCACACACAUAAAGCAUACCACAGGAAAAGAAAACUAAAAUGACUAAAAAGCUCUGCUCUGUUAUGUAACGUAUGUAUUUGUGUUUUUUUGCAGGAGUGGAUGAAACUGUAGUUGUCACUCUGAAGUUCUCCAGGAACAGGAUGGCAGUGUUUACUUGCUCCUACAGUGUGCAGUUGCGCAAUGAGGCCCUUAUUGUGGGCACAAAGGGCACCAUCAGGGUAGGUCAUCAAAGCAAAGUUAUGUCACCAGAUAAAAUAUGAAAUAAAAUAUGUUUAAAAAAUUACAACCAGAGAACCAAUAAGUCUUAUUCUGUCAAUUAAGUGUACUGCACAUCGACUGAUAAUUAACCUCCUAUUAUUCUUGUUAAUAGAAAUAUCCUGUUACAUGCUUUCAGGUUCCUGAACACAUGUGGUGCCCUACAUCCUUAGAAGUCAAUGGAAAGGAAACUCAGUAUCCAGUGCCUGAGCCUUAUCUGCCUCUGAACUUCAUCAACAGUACAGGGAUGCGUUAUGAAGCAGAGGAGGUUCGACAGUGUUUGCUCAAAGGUACUCCAAGAAUGCAGACUGAGUUCAUACAUCAUCACAGUAGAUGAACAUAUUAUUUUAAAAAAAAUUUCAUCGCAAACACAGAAACCAUUGGGCCUAAAAGUUUGUGUGUAGUUCACAAUGCACCACACCUGAGUAGGUACAACCUCUGCAUCGCUCAGGCCUUGAUGCUGUGAAGGAUAAUGGGAAAGCAGGAGGUGGAUUUGUACCAAGAAAAAGACAAUCACCAAUGUUACAAUAUCAGCUGACUUUGCAUUCAAGGUAGAUUUCAGAGUAAUAUUAAAUAAUCAGUUAUAAAGAGAAAAAAUAAUGUGUGUUUUUCAGCUUGACAAUCUAGAGGUAUUGAUGGUUUAUUGUCAGAAGAAUGAGUUGCUCCAUAAGUGAUCCAUUAAAUUUUAAAUAUGUUUUUUUUUUUUUGGUUGCCUCUUAUCAAAAAUUCAAAUCAGAAAAAGAAGAUUUUCCCCACUAAGAUCUUUUAUAUUCAGUUCAUUUAUCAAAAGACAACAGACAAUGUAGCGGAAAUUUGCUGUGAACUUUUUGAACAGUGGAGGACUUUUUUAUGAAGAUUUAGGAUGGAUCAUUUUGGAGGACAAGUUAAAGAUGCAGCAAGACAAGGACAUGCCAUUGAGUAAGAAAUAUGAAAGGAGGAUUUUAAGUUUAAUUUAAGUUUACAUUGAUGAACUACUGAAUAUAACUACUGUGUUAUCAGAAAGCACUGAUUUCAGUUAUUUUCAAUGAUGCUGUUACAUCAUCUUAAAACAUAGUAGUCCACAUCAUCUGAGCCAUUUAGACAUAUAGACCAGCUAAACCGCUUUUAAAGAGUCUAGUUUGGUAGUGUCAGUUAGGCUGCGGAUCAGGCAUUUUCUUACAACUGUAAUUUCCAAAUUGAACACAAGGUGGCAUCACAAACACAAUUCAUCCCAGCCCUUACCAUACACUGACUUAUACUUAUGACACUGGGUCAUGAAUUUUGUUCUGCUUGUAUAUUCAGUGUUCUCUGACAGUAUAUACUCUUCCCAUGCAGGGCUGAAGGAGAAUGCAGUUAUGUCCCAUGCUGACUCUCUGCUACUGGCUGAGCUGGAGGAUAAGAUCCGAAGGCAGGUGGGGGUAACUUACAGCCAGGACUUCCAAUAA